AUGUACUUGUCCCAGCUAUCGAUUUUGGCUGUUGGACCUCUAACACUGUACGAGGAAAACCAUUUCUACCCAAGCGCAGCUGUCGCCGCGUGUCUUCACGCGCCGCCGUUCGACGCACAAGAAGCAUCUGUAUUCGUCUCGCAAGUACGCAAUCCGCCGCUUCUUGCACUCCGUACCUCCCCAUUUGCAAUUUCCGCCGUUAAUUUAGCCUCAGUUCAGCAAAGAACGGAAGAAGAAAACUCUGAGGUAGUGGAUAUUUCCGACGAUGAAGAUUUUCCAAUACAACCGAACGAUUUACCAGUUACGCUGAAGUGCGAGAGUUUGGAUUAUGAUUUUCCACCGGAAAACACAAGCGCAAGGCCUGCGAAUGAAAAUGUGGCAAGCUCAUCUGGGUCCAAUUUAAGGUCAUCUUUUCUGGGGAUGGGAUUUAUGCCGGCUCUUGUCGACAAAGCAAUCGAGGAACAUGGUGAAGAGAAUGCUGAGUUACUCUUGGAGACACUCUUUGCAUAUUCUAAUCAUCAGCAACCAAAGCCAGAACCAUUUCAUGAUGGCUUAUCCAGCAGCAGCAGUGAUGAUUUAACUGCAAAACAUCACGUAAAGGAGGAACCUGAUACGGGCAGCCCUACUGAUGGGAAAAAAGAAUCUUUGUUAAAAAUGAAUUUCACUGUGGAUGAAGUUGAGCUUGCUAUGGAUAGACUUGGUAAACAUGCUGCUGUUGGUCAACUAAUGGACUUUAUUUUUGCUACUCGGAUGGCCAAGAAGUAUGAGAAAGACGCAUCUAAUAUAAUACCUGGAGGCGAGGAAAGUGAAAAGGAUUGCAGUAAUGAGGUGUUAUUUGGUGUCAUGGAAAAGACGCUUCAACUACUUGAAAUGGGCUUUUCGGAGAAUGAAAUAUCGACAGCGUUUGAGAAAUGUGGCUCAGAAGCACCUCUCCCCGAGAUCGCGAACUCGAUCGUUGACCCUACUUACCAGUAUCGGCCUCCAAAAAGAAAAUCGGUAGAGCCCCUUCUCGACUUGUUAAUCAUCAAAACCGAGGAACACAGCGACAUCACAUCCUAUGUCGGGAGUUCCGACUCGCUUGGAAAAUCAAAGCGCAAGAUUCCGAGAACGCAGCUCGUCGAUGAACCAAACGAUUUCCGGGACCCAAAGGAAGAAUUCGCCGAGGAGACCGCCAGCUCUGCCAGCCAGACAUGGCUCGAAGCACCAAAAGGCAACCUCCCCGCCUCGUCCGCUAUCCAGGCGACAGCCUGGAAAACCGAGGCCGGCCUCAUGGAGAAUUUCGAGGAAGAUUCAAAACCCUCAAUGUACAUAUCCACACCUAACCCUUGUCGAACCCUCUCACCCGCAGCUGCUCGGCCCCCAUAUUUCCUCUAUGGGCAUGUGACCAGUCUCUCUCAUUCCUCGUGGGCCAAGAUCUCUCAGUUUCUGUACUCGGUCCAGCCCGAGUUUGCAAACACCGAGUUGCACUCGGCCCUUCGCCGACAGGAAGGCUACGUGCACAACCUCCCCACGGACGACCGGGCCCACAUUCUCCCCAGAGGCCCGCUCACCAUCCAGGAAGCUUCCCCCCAAGCCGGAAAAUGGUGGCCUGCAUGGGACACCCGGAAGCACCUGACCCAAAUCAGCUGUCAGACAGGCUCGACGGCCCACCUCAUCGACCGCCUCGCGCGGGCCCUGGAUGAGUCAGACGGGCCUCUAUCGCGUGACCUUGUCCAACAGCUCCAUUCCAGGAACCUUGUCUGGAUGGGCCGGAACCGGGUCGGCCCAGUGGAUCCCGAGCUGGUGGAGCGCGUGAUGGGCUACCCGCAGCACCACACCCGAGUUGCCGGGCUUGGCCCUGACGAGAGGAUCCGGUCGCUCGGGCUCGCGUUCCAGACAGACACACUGGGGUACCGCCUCUCGGUGCUGAGGCGGGUCUGCCCGGGAGGGGUGACCGUGCUGUCGUUUUUUACGGGGAUUGGUGGGCCUGAGGUGGCCCUGCACAGGCUCGGCAUUCGGAUGAAAGGGGUGGUGUCGGUGGAGGCAAGCGAGGUGAGGCGGAGGGUGGUGAGGAGGUGGUGGGAGAACAGCGGGCAGGGUGGGGAGCUCGUGCAGAUUGAUGACGUGAAGAAGGUGACGGGCGGGAGGCUGGAUGAGUUAUCGAGGAAGUUUGGGGGGUUUGAUUUGGUGGUGUGCCAGAACCCGAGUUCGGAGCCCGAUGGUGGGGUGUUGUCUGGCCUGGAUUUCUCCAUGUUUGUGGAGUUUGUGAGGGUUCUGCAGCGUGUGAGGUUGAGCAGAUGA